AUGCCAUUCAUCCAGCCUCCAGUGACACCGCUGCCAGAUGACCUCGACCUCAUCGGCCAAACCGCCAUCGUCACGGGCGCAACCGCUGGCAUCGGCCUCGCACUGGCGAGACAACUCCUGCUUCUUAAAGCCUCUACCGUCGUGCUCGCCGUCCGCAACACAUCCAAAGGGGAGACGGUCAAGGCCGAUCUCCUCGCCGACGCCGCCAUCCGCUCCGUGAACCCCGAUGCCGUCGUCAAGGUCAUGAAGCUGGACGCCGAAAACUAUGACAGCGUCAAGUCUUUUACGGAAGCGUUCCGCGCCGAGCACCAAGACCUCCACAUCGCCAUGCUCAACGCCGGCGUCCCGGGUUUCAAUCGCUUCGUCGCUCCGACGGGUCACGAGUCCACGAUACAAGUGAACUACCUCUCCAACGUGCUCCUGACGCUCGAGCUGCUCCCCUUGUUGGAGGCCACGGCGGAACGAACCGGCGUGCAGAGCAGAGUGUCCUGGACAGGGAGCCGGAUGGCGAACAGGACCAGCCUGGCGACGAAAUCGCCCGUUCGGCCUGAUGAGACGGUGAUGGGGCACCUCGACGCCGAGUACAGCUUUUACGGUUUGUCACGGUACGCAGACAGCAAGCUCUUGGUCUUUCUCUUCUUGCGGGAGUUUGCGCUGCAUUACGGCCCCGAAAAGGUCAUUGUCAACGCCUACUGUCCGGGGACGGUCAACACCGGCUUCAGCGACGUUCUGCCGCAGCCCUUCCGGCUCAUGGCCGAUGCCAUGAAAGCCAUGAGGGCGCGGUCGCCGGAGAAGGCGGGGUGGAUCGGUCUGCAUGCUGCUGCGGUGGCCGGUGCCGAGACGCACGGGAAGCAGCUCGACGACAAGGAGAUUUGGGAGCCGGGUCUGUUUGCUACCUCCGAGGAAAGCGUGCGGCUUCAAAAGAUGCUGUGGAAUGAGACUGUGGACGAGAUGUCACAGCUCACUGCCAUUCCUACUUGGAUGUCCAAGGUCGUUGGUUGA